AGGAGGGAGGACGGAUAUGGAUGCGCACAGGACGAACAUCCAGUGAUAGCUACGGAGCUGCGCGAGGCGACAGAGCGGAGGAGCUGUUGCGAUUCGGAAAUAUAUAUAACUCGAGAAACGCAGGUUUGUUCUGUGAGUGUAGACAACAACAACAAGAAGCCAGCAGACGGGACUGCUUGCUGUGUGGCAACCCUUCCGCGUUCCGAGUUCCGGGCCUAUAUACACGACAAAUUACCUUGAGAGCCGGAAACAACUGCUGUUGAAGGAAGCAGCAGCAGCAGCAGCAGCAGCAGCAGUGCCAAAUUUUCGGGGACCGACUAACGGAGUUUGCCAGCUACUGCUGUGACAUCAAAACGUCCGCCUCUUGACACCGGCGGCGGCGGUGGCGGCGGGCCUUAUUUUGGCACCGCGGUGGGGAAACUGCAAGGAGCGGGACGCCGUACAGGGUACAGCAGUAGUGCGAAGAAGUACCGGCGAGGGAGACACACACACAGAGAGAGAGAGAGAGAGAGAGAGAGAGAGAGAGAGAGAGAGAUGGGAUGCGUGCAAUCUGCAUCCUCAGCAACAGCAACCGUAAAGUGUAGCGAUGGCACCACGGAGGCGUCCGAGUCCCCCUCGCGUCACGCCUUGCGGAGGGAAAAAUCGAUAGCAGCUCGCGCUGCGGGCCGUGCCCCCAACAAUGAUGGCGGCAGCGACAACAACAACAGCAGUAGUACCGGUGGUGGCCGGCCUUCGCCGGAGGCAGACUUGCCUAUCAACUGGAACCUGAGGUUCAAGGACCUGGUCAUUCUUGAGCACAUCGCAAACGGCGGUUACUGCACAGUCCUGGGGUGCAUGCUCCACGGAGAGAAGCGGGCGGGCAAGAUCCCCCUGGCCACCUGCUCCGAUCCGGAGGGGGCGGUUGCCGACCUCACCAAUGAGAUAAAAAUACUCAAGCGCCUCAGGCACCCGCACCUGUGCUCCGUGUACGGUGCGGGGGGUUGGCGGGCGGAGGGGGACCUGCCGUUCCUGGUGCUGGAGCGGUUGCAGUACAAGAACCUGGCGCAGCAGUGCGGCACAGACGUGGACGAUACGUCGAUGAUUGCGGAGUUCAAGCAGAGGAAGCGUAGAGCAAAGUUCCGCUUCAGGAAACGGCUGGGCUACGGCCUUCAGCUCGGCGACUUGCUGAGAUAUCUCCACAGCGAGAGCAUCCCGGGGGGCUUCGUCAUACACCGAGAUCUGAAGCCCAGCAACAUCGGAGUCUCCGACGACGGUGUGCUCAAGGUUUUCGACUUCGGACUGGCGAGGUUGCGCGAGCGGAGAGAUCCCCUCACGGACCGAUAUGUGAUGACGGGCCAGACCGGAAGUCAGAGGUUUAUGGCACCGGAGGUUUUCGACGGGAUGCCCUACAACGAAAAGGCGGACAUAUACUCAUAUGGUAUCGUACUCUGGGAGCUGUGCGCCCUCCAGAAGCCAUUCGCCGGGAUGUCUUCCCACGAGCACGCUCGCAAGGUGUUCCGGCAUGGAGUCCGGCCGCCGUUGGACAAGCGGUGGCCGGAGGAGCUGAAGAGCCUGUUGCGGUCGUGCUGGCACGCCGAGGCGGAGGAGCGCCCGGACGCCGCCCAGGCCGUGGAAACCCUGGCGCGCGUUAUCGAGAAGAUGGACGCCACCGCCGCCGGCGCCGCCGGCGCCGCCUCUGCACGGCGGAAUCGACCCGACAAUCUGUUCGGGGAGAGCACGUGA